AUGAUUGCAACUACUACUAGCACUCCCUGGGCGUACUUCUGCGUCAGGUUUUUUCUGAGGCUUGUUCUCAACAUAUUCUAUGGAAAUAUAGUUGUAGAGAAUACGCACCUGAUUCCUGGAAAUGGGGAGGCUUGCAUUGUUUGUGCCAACCACGAUAACUCGGUCACCGAUGCUGCAAUGCUAUUGGUUUCGAUUCCGCAGAAGCGGAGAAGUAUGCUGAGGGUCACAGCUAAAUCAACUCAUUUUGGGAAGACUACAUUCGUGGCAUGGCUUAUUUCACUGACUGGGGCGGUUCCUGUGAAGCGACGGGUCGAUUUCGCAAAUGGACAGGUUGACAACAGUGAAGCAUUGCUGAAACUGGUUGAGGCUCUUGAGGUCGGAGAAGCGGUCGGUUUCUUUCCAGAGGGUGUUAGUCGCUACAGUUCAGCACUUGCACCAAUGAGGUCUGGAGUGGGCCGCCUCGUUUCACAAGUUCUUUCGAGAAACCGCAACAAGCCGGACUUUGAGAUUUCCAUUCUUCCGUGCUCGAUAACCUACAUGAACCGACAACACUUCCGUUCCGAUGUGUUGGUUUCUUUCCAGCCGCCUAUGAAGUUCAAACCGAAGGACCACCCUGAGUUGUUGGAACCCAUCGAGUUCAACCACAUCAGGAGGUUGACGGCGCAAAUAGAGGAACGGGUCGGUGCGGGGACGCUUCAUGCACCCUCAUGGAAGAUGCAGCGCAACGCAAAGAUGGCCGCACAGCUCUACGCCCCUCUUGGUACCACAAUAAGUUUGGGAGACCACGUCCGGACUGUCAAGAUCUUCCUUGAGGCGUUCAAAUCUGCGCAUGCGGCGCGGGAGCCGUGCACGCCAAUAAAAGAGAUAGUACCCUUGUUUGGCGAGUAUGCGAAGGACGAGAGGGACAAAGUCGCGCAGCUGGGGGUUGCUUUGCAGGACUAUACAGAACGUCUCACCCAUUUGCGGAUCAAUGAUGACCGUAUUCGUCGCCCUCUACGACGCCUGGCCGUCAUUGGUAGGAUUGUCCUGCGUUUCCUGUGGGCCUUAAUACUCUUCACGCUCUCGUUCCCGGGCUUGAUUCUCUGGUUGCCCGUCUUCGCGUCAUCAUACGUUGGUGUACGCCUACUCAAAAGCAAGACCGCCAUGGCUGAUGCCGAGGUCCGUAUCGCGCACACGAAACAGCUGUGCGGUACGUUUGGGAUAUUCCUCGUAGUAGCCGUAAGCACUGUAUAUGCUGCCACGGUUUCGCCUGCGAGAGCACUUCUCGUUCCCCCGGUGAUGUGGAUGUCCCUCCGGUGGCUCGAAGAUGGCGUCUCCUCGUUCCGUGCGUUCGUCGUGCUCAUGCGUCUGCUCGCGCUUGGUCCCACCGCUCUCCACCGCUUAUACGUCGCGCGCGAGAACUUGCGCGGUCUCGUCAUGGACUUCGCGCUUCAGGAGCUGGGCCUGCCGGAUGACCCGGCGGAAUUCUUCGCGAAGACUGCGUGCGGAGACAAGAGACGGGCGAACGGGCAGUGGACGGGCGGGAUGGACUAUUUCUCGAUCAUUAGGAGGAGGAAGAAGGACUGGAACGAGGUCCUCAGGUUGUCCGAACCGGUAGUGUAUCCGGAGGACGAUACCUAA